AAGUGAAAAGACGAAAAUCACAUGACAGCGGUGUUUGUGCAGUGCCCAACUUUCAACAACAAUCGCACCAUAAACUAGGUAACCAUGAGACUAGUCAUUUUGGACGAGUAUAACCUGGCUAGUGAAUGGGCUGCCAAGUACAUCCGCAACAAAAUCAUCCAGUUUCAACCCUCUGCAGACAAAUACUUUACUUUAGGAUUGCCAACAGGGAGCACUCCGUUUGGCUGUUACCAGAAGCUUAUUGAAUAUUACAAAAAUGGUGAUAUUUCAUUUAAGUAUGUGAAAACCUUCAACAUGGAUGAAUAUGUAGGUCUACCUCGUGCUCACCCAGAGAGCUACCAUUCCUACAUGUGGAACAACUUCUUCAAGCACAUUGACAUAGAUCCUGCUAACGCCCACAUUCUGGACGGGAAUGCAGAUGACCUGGAUGCUGAAUGUCAGGCUUUUGAGAAGAAGAUCGCAGAGGCUGGUGGAAUUGAGCUAUUUGUUGGAGGCAUUGGUCCUGAUGGUCACAUAGCAUUCAAUGAGCCAGGCUCCAGUCUAGUGUCCAGAACUAGAGUGAAGACACUUGCCAAAGAUACGAUUGUUGCAAAUGCACGAUUCUUCGGCAACGACCUCUCCAAGGUUCCUACCAUGGCUCUGACUGUGGGUGUUGGAACUGUCAUGGAUGCUAAAGAGGUGAUGAUUUUGAUCACUGGAGCACACAAAGCCUUUGCUCUGUAUAAAGCCAUAGAAGAAGGGGUCAACCACAUGUGGACAGUGUCAGCCUUCCAGCAGCACCCCCGCACCAUCUUCGUAUGUGAUGAAGAUGCCACCCUGGAGUUACGAGUUAAAACUGUCAAAUAUUUUAAAGGUCUGAUGCACGUCCAUAACAAACUGGUGGACCCUGUUCUUAGCAUUAAGGACCAGUAAUCUACAAUUCUGCAAGUGAGCCCACAUCUUGUUACAACAUGCUGAGCAGCACUUUAUUCCUUCAGUACACUAUUAACAUUUGGAAUCAUCAACAAACUAUCUAUGAUCAUAAAUGAGUCUUGCCUUCCUCCAGUUUUGUCUGUUACAGUUUUAUAGUCUUAUGUUUUGUUGUAAAUGGGCAUUGUUUACUUUAAGCAAGUUAUUUCCGAGAGACUGUUGAGUAUUUCAUUCACACGAGGAUUUUAGUGACUUUGAACACUCCUCAACUGGUUUAAUAGUACUGUAAAAUAAAUAUCUAUUUUAAUCCUGGCCAUGAUUGCCUUUAGAAUUAAAACAUCACUUUGAAUGAAAACUGUACGAAAGAGGUGCCAUCUUGUCCUUUAUUUAGCAUUCCACUCUGUUGUGGUCAUUUUCAUUGCUUUUGCACAAAAUGUGAAUUUUUAAAUCUUCCUUUCUUAUGGGAAAUAAAUGUACCCUUUGCUAUAC